AAGUAACUUACGUAAAUAAACGAAAAAAUGUCUAAAUUAAAUUAAAUUAAAUUACAUAAAAUAAAUAAAUAUUUAUAGACGUGUGUGUAUUUAUUAUUUAUAUGUACCUACUGAUCGCAAAUAAGUUAUACAACCGAAAACAAUAUAACUACAUCAGUUUCAGCCGAAAUCAUCAGCGUCAUCAUCAGCGCCUGCAACUCAAUUGAAGACGUCAUCAUCACCUCCGUCGAAAACAAGAUAUAGAAAGUUAUCACCAUCAUCAAGACCGACACCACCCACAACUACGGCAUCAUCAUCACCACCACCACCGACAAUUUCAUCAUCAUCACCACCAACGAAAACGGCCCCAUCAAAGAUGGCGCUUGUUCAGGUGAAAGUGACGAACAUGUUGAACUCGUUGAUCAGGCAGAAAUCGUGCAACAUAUCGGAGAGGAACCAGUGCUAUAAAGUGCGCUACCUUGGAAAUGUCCUGACUGCCUUUAUGAAGGGCGAGGGCUGCGUUGAUAGGCCGGUUGAUAUAUUGUGGAAAAAUUUUCAAGCCAAUGAGAACUCGACUCUUCAGAUGGAAUUGACGAUUUGCGGUUCCGGUUUGAAGGUUGAGACGAAGGAGCAAGGCCUAACUGAGUACCGGUCGAACAAAGUAGCCUACUGCACGUGCCUCCCUAAAUACCCUAAGCUCUUUAUAUGGGUCUAUAGACAUGAAGGUAAGAAAAUGAAAGUAGAACUAAGAUGUCACGCGGUUCUCUGCAAGUCGGAAGAGAAAGCGAAACUAAUUCAAUCACAAUUACAGGCUAAACUGACGUCAGCUUUGCAAGAAUUUAGGCGGGAAAAAACUCGCCGGCAAAACUCUCGCCUGGUCAUCCAGACGAGUAACCAGCAGUGCGCGUCUGCUCUGCCCGUCGUCACUAACAUUAAGCCUGUCAGGACCAAAUAUCUUUCAAAAGGAGAUAACUUUAGACUGCCAGUCGAGCAGUCGAACAAAGCGCCCAAACUGACUUCAAUAACUGAAGACGCUGAAGAUGACGACGAUGGCGAUGAUGAUGAUGAUGAUGAUGAUCGUAAUAAUAAUAAUAAUAAAAAUAAUAAUAAUAAAAAUAAUUACAACGAAGAUUGUGGUAGCAAUAAUAAUAAUGAUAAUAAUAAUAAUAACAUUGACUUGGUAUCGGAGUCCGUUUGUUUGAAUCCUGACGUCAAUAUGUCCUUGAGAAGCACGCCAUCUGCCGACAAAUUGGACGAUGACGCCAGUGAUGACGUAAGCAACGAAUCAGGAUUCUCGGAUGAGGCUGAUAAUGAUGGCGGAAAAUUAUGAUGACAAUGAUGAUAAUGAUUGAAAAAUGAUUGUAGUGGUGAUGAUGAUGAUGAUGGUUUAGAAUGAUGAUGAUGAUUUGGAAUGAUGAUAAUGAUGAUUUGGAAUGAUGAUGAUGAUGGUUUGACAACGACGAAAACAACAAUGAAACUAGGUAGAGCCUCUAACUGACCUUUAACCUUUAGUGAUGAUGACGACCUUUAACCUUUAGUGUUGAUGAUGAUGAUGAUAACGACGGCCUUUAACCUCUAGUGAUGGUUACGGUGGAAAUGGAAAUGAUGAUGAUGAUGAUGACAAUUGUGAUGAGGAUAAUGAUCUUACUGAUGAUGAUGGUGAUGGUACUUCUAUAACUUAUUUAUUCAUAUUAUUCCUCAUUAUAAACCCUAUUAAUGAUUGGUAUUAAUAUUAUUAUCAUCUAUAAAUAAUAAUAAUAAUUCAUAAUAAUUAUAAUUAUUUUUUUAACUUGACAAAAACGCAUUUAUCAAGCAUAUGUAUAUAUAUAUAUCGCUAUUAUUAUUAUUAUUAUUAUUUUUAUUAUUAUUAUUAUUAUUAUGUUACCCUGCACAAUUCAACAGUAGACAGACAUAUCAGUGGAUGAGAACUGUUAGCUCCUUCGUUUAUGAGUCUACGUACGUACAUUACAUUUUAUGUCUUUUGGUUGAUUGAUUGAAGGAAUGAUUAAAGGAAUGAUUGAUUGAAUGAAUGAAUGAAUGAUUGAAGGAAUGAAUGAUUGAUUGAAUGAUUGGUUGGCUAGUUAACUGUUUUUUUUAAAUAGUUUCUUAGAUUGCGAAACGUUUUUAUAAAAGUUCAUUUAACAUUUCCAUCUAUUUUUGGAUAGUUUAUAUGUAUGUGUAAAUAUAUAGUUUAUUCAUUUUUGCUUUCUUUCUUUCAUUCAUUCAUUAACAAUUCAUUCAUUCAUUCAACCUUGAAUUAUGUCUUCCAUGCAUUCGUUCAUGCCUUUUUGUUUCUUUUAUUCAUUUAUCUACCGAUUCGUUCGUUCGUUCAUUCAUCGUGGUUUUAGAUCGGUUUUUAUUUGUGAUGUUUAUCGUUCAUUCAUUCAUUCAUUCUUACAUUGAAUUAUUCAUCCAUUCAUUUAUCCCUCCAUCCAUUCGUUCGUUCAUUUGCUAAUUAAUUUCUUUCUGUUUUUUUUGUUACAUCUGUCCUUUGAUUAAUAGGAAUAUUUCUUUCAUUUAAUUACUUAAUUGUUCAUUCUUACACUCAUUCAUUCAUUCACUCAUUCAUUCACUCAUUCAUUCACUCAUUCAUUUAUCCAUUCUCUCCUUAUGUUUAUACAGGGACUAUCGUGAAUUGAUUUUAAAAUGUGAUUUUAACGAUGAACUUAUAUUUUAAAAAAUAAUUGAAAAUUAUGCGAUUGACUGAUUAAUUAAAUGAUCGAAUGAAUGAAUGAAUGAAUGAUUGAUUGAUUGAUUGAUUGAUUGAUUGAUCGAUCAGACGUUAUUUUAUAUUGCAAUCGUCUUAACAUUAAACUGACCCAUUUAUAUUGAAUUUAGAUGAAAAUAUGAAAUAAAAAAAGUUAUUUUCGUU